AUGUGGAUCAACUGCGGGCUGCUGUCCGCCUUUACCCAAGCACGAUAUGUGCUUCAUCUGUCGAAUGGCAAACGGCUGGUGUUAUUCCGCCUGCCGUCCAUUGACCAGUCAAUCUCAAGACCCAACGAAACUAGCGACGGGUGGUCUUACUAUGCUAUGGAGGCCGAAUGUCCGCAUGCUGGCGGACCGAUGGCAGACUCACAUGUUGAUAUCGAAGACUCGGCGUACGUUGUCUCGUGUCCGUGGCAUGCGUACGAUUUCAACGUGGAGACCGGGGAAUCCAGCGUGGGAAUCAAAGCAUGCACAUUUCCCGUCGAUGCCCGUGGGGGGAAUGAAGGUCGUAUUCAACUGUCCAAACUUGAGCCUGUGAGCGAGAAGGCCAAGUUAAAGCACGAGCAACCAUCAACAGAAAACCCUACUCCCCCGCGAGAUCCAGGAGCAGCACAUUACUUGAAUCAAAGUGCGACAUUAUGCGACUGGGCCGUGCACAUCUUGAAUACAGCCAAUCCAGAGCACAAGAUUGAACUCACCAUCUAUCUCUUCUCCACAUUUACUAGUCGCGAGAAUACGGACUCGCCGAUGCCUCUGGGCAGAGGCACGAUUACCCCUCCAGAUAAUCCACCAAGAGAAAACUUGACAACGGUGACACCAGGCACCAUGCCUAAAUCCGGGCGAGGUGGAACGCUCAAAAGCCGAAUCGCCAUGCUCCACGCUCUAGCCAAUAUUGAACUGUGGGCUAUUGAUCUGGCCAUCGAUAUCUGCGUUCGAUUCUCAACAUUUCGCACAAACGGAAACUCACAGGAACUUCCACGAGCAUUCUUCCAUGACUGGCUCAAGGUUGCCAGCGAUGAAGCAAAGCACUUUUCUCUUCUCCGCGCCCGACUCGAAGAACUCGGCUCUUCUUUCGGUGCGCUGCCGGUACAUCACAGCCUCUGGGACUCUGCCACAGAAACAGCGUACGAUCUUAGGGCCAGAAUCAGCAUCAUUGCCCUUGUUCAUGAAGCCCGGGGUCUUGACGUGAAUCCUAUGACUAUCCAGAAAUUUCGCAAUGCGGGCGAUGCCGAGAGUGUCAAGUCCCUCGAGGUGAUCCAUAACGAUGAAAUCACGCAUGUCACUACGGGGCACCGGUGGUUGACCUGGAUCUGUGGUCAAGAAGGAACCGAUCCGGUGCAAGUGUUCCGGUCCAACGUCCAGAAGCAUUUCCGGGGCCCUAUACGGGGGCCAUUUAAUGAAGAAGCGCGACUGCAGGCUGGGAUGGAUCGGCGAUACUAUGAGUGCCAUGAGGACGGUGUCCCAACUUAA